UCAAUGCCCCCUCGUUCUCUCUAGCUCUCUCUCUCACUCACGCACAAGCUACAUCUAUAUCUUUACCCUCCCCGUGACGCCCCCACGAGACACUCGAUUAAUCAAAAAUCGAAUCGAAUUAUACAUAUCGUCUGUCCGUUGGUCGACGUCUUUGUAGUAAAUAACAUCACGAGGAACAGAAGAUCACAGGCUCACAAGAAAGUGUGUGCCUUUGAAGCAAAUGGAGGCGACAACUAUGGCCAGGAGCAGUGAACGACUCCACAGGAGCGAGGAGGAGAAGGUAGUGGACGGUUCGGAAAUAAUGAGGUUGGUUGGGAACGAGGAGGUGUUCAACAGCUUCGUCGACCAUAAGUUCAAGGAGCUCGACAAGGACCGGGACGGCCAGCUUUCCGUCGACGAGCUCCAGCCCGCUGUCGCUGACAUCGGCGCCGCCCUCGGCCUUCCCGCUAAGGGCACCUCCCCCGACUCCGACCACAUCUACUCCGAGGUCCUGAACGAGUUCACCCAUGGGAAGGAAGACAAAGUGAGCAAGACUGAGUUCAAAGAGGUGCUGUCGGAUAUUCUCCUAGGAAUGGCUGCUGGAUUAAAGCGGGACCCUAUCGUGAUCCUCCGAAUUGACGGGGAAGACCUUGAGGAGUUCAUCAAGGGCCUGAGCUUCGAGUCUGAAAUGAUCUCCAUAUAUUCUCAGAUCGAUCUGCCGGAAGGGUCCUUGGUGAAGGAUUACAUUGUCAAGGCACUGGAGAAGCUGAGUGUUGACCGUGGUAUGCCUCCCUCCUCCGAUCCUUGGGUUGUGAGCAACGUGGUGGAGCCAGUGCUCGAGUCGAGUGGUAACGUGGACCAAUUAGGGAAGCCCACGUGUGAUCAAGAGACAUUCUUGGAAGGUUUCAAGAAGGUUGGGGAGAGAUUGGCCCAGCGGCUGAAGGAGCAGCCCGUGAUCGUAGCCCACACUGAGAACACCUUCGAUGCCAGCGCCAUCAGGAAACUGCUCGGCAACAAGUUCGAAUUAGAUAAGACAUUAAAUACGGCUUUAGAAAACGUGCCAAGAGACCGCCAUGGCAAGAUUUCCAAGGAGUACCUGCGAGUGGUCCUGGACACGGUUUCUCCAUCAGCCGGCUUGCCACCACUCGGAGCCAUUGACGAGAUGGAUAAGGUUGUGGGAGAGGCAUUCAAGAUGAUGGAAGCUGAUGACGGGAACAUGGUGAAAGAGGAGGAGUUCAAGAAGAUCAUCAUUGAAAUCCUCGGGAGCGUGAUGCUGCAGCUGGAGGGCAACCCGAUCUCGUUCUCUUCGAACUCUGUCGUGCAUGAGCCACUCUCAUCGACUCCUUCCCUCUGGCAGCCGUCUAAUAAUUCCUGAGCUCGAACUUGAUCCUUAAUGACGCCAAAAUAAUUAGUGUAUAAAUAAUACAUGCAUCACUUUUAAGUAUAUGGCAAGUAUAGCGAGAUAUCAUUUGGUCAUGCCAUCUCCGCCAAUCAGUACAUAUUAUCCGAUCCACGAUUACUGUGGUGCUUAUAGUCUCGUCCGCAUGUACUGUACAACUCUCUAAUAUUAGAAUGUAUAUCCAGUCUAUGUUAGGCAUUUAAUGCAUGAAGCUGUACGCGUCAUGUGACAUGCAAUCUUCCAUUCUCAUGCCUUGGUAUUAUGAUUUUCUUGCUUUAAGAAAUAAAAAACAGAUGAUGUUGAAUGA